UAACUAUAUUGUUAUAACAUUCUAAAUAUAUUUGUUUUCAUGCACAUUUACACACAAGUAAUGCAGCGCCCUCUGCUGUCCGUAAGCAUAUUACCUGAUCUAUAUAGACUGCAGUGGUACAAUCUAGGCAAAUAGUAUGCUUUCAAGCGAUUAAAAUAAUUUUAUCUGAUUAAACACAUGACAAUUGCAUUAAUAAUUAUAUGAGGUUAAUUGGUUUUGAAUAGGCAUUUGUGUUUUUAAAAUGGAAUACUGACAUGAUUUUUAUUUUUUAAUUAAAUGAGACUCUAAUUAUGCAAACCAAACGCCUGCAAGUCAUUCAUCCAGCUGAUUGGUUCACAGUCGAUUCCUUUAGAAAUGCAGCAAGUCUUUAUAAAUGGAUCACUAUAUCAUUCGCUCACUCGCUUUGUUCGAAACUGUGGAUUCAUUCAGUAAUAAAACACCACUCUGUGUUUCUUGGAAAGGCACAACAGUUCAUCUGUGGCUUUGUUUGAAACACUUUUUGUUGGCAAAAUUGAGCAUAAACGGACAAUACUGUCUAAAAUGCAUUAUUAACUUUUUAUUUAUUAAACUGUUGUAUAAAAUCAAUAUCACAUUUGCAAUCAUGCACCUAUUUGGGGAAAAAAAACGGCACUCUUGCUCGUGAGAUAUUGCUAAACUAGGCCUAUAUGCUAUGAUUAAAUAAAAAUCAAAACCCAAACGGGGCAUUUUUGCCUCAUAUCUUGAAUUUUAGGCGCAUAUAACUGCAUUCUAAUAGAAUAGAACACAUCACAUGAUCAUCUUGCAGCAACUGCAUGCAAUGUCAGAUGACCUGCAGGUGCAUUAAAUGUUAAUAAUUUUAAUGCAUCAUUUUCUCCAUAAUUAAUCGCACCAAACUAAACUCAACCACACUACAUAAAACAUGAUCUAUGGACUGCAAUGGUAUAUUUUAUCGAGUUUUUCCUGCUUUUGGAUGCAAGUAAAUGUGUGCACGUGUGUUGGUGUUUCCACACAGGUUCCAUACACAUCCAUGGCUGGUAUGCCAGCCAGUAAAGUAUUACCUGCAGUGCGAGAAGCUUACAGCACUGUAGAGAAGUUCCAGCUGGUCGGGUCAUACGGCAUCCAGCACAGAAUGACCUCUGCUAAGGGCAGGCCUGAGAUCAUUUUAGAGGGCAGCUAUGAUGAGCUGACAUGGACGGAAAUGAACCCUAUGUAUAAACCAGGAAAUGUGAAUGCAGUCCCACCCAUAGUAGGCCCUCACCAGCCCCGGCUGGAGUGGCUGAUGUGGCAGGCAGCUCAAGAGGGUUCUGAUACUAGACCCUGGUUUACAGGCCUCUUACAGCGCCUCCUACAGGGCAAACCAGAGGUGGUUGGUCUUCUUCAGGUGGAUGAAGUGCAGUACCCCUUCAGUAAGAAACCACCAGUCUUUAUCAAAGCCAAGCUUUAUAACUACCACUUCACAGAUCCUACCAAAGACAAGUGAGCGCCAUACCUCCC